AUGUCGACCUCUACGUCCCAGGCUACUUCCGUCAACCCGAAUACCUUAAUCACGGUGAAGGUGCUUUACAAUGACAAUACUCGUCGCUUCAAAAUCCCUCUAAAAGAGCUUGAAGCUCGUGUUCUCCCCCAAAAGCUCCGCCAGCUUCUUGGCAUCCCGAGAGAUGUUAACGUCACUCUUGAACGCUUGUCUGAUAGUGCCGGUUGUUAUAUCCUCCUGGACAGCGAAAACAUUGCUGUCUACAAACAACUCUACCGUGCUGCAAAAGCCAAACUGAAACUGCGAAUUAAAGUUACGGAGGUUGACACUACUACCUCUCAAUCACCAUUACCCGCAGAAGAUUCCUCUGAGCUCCAGGAUCAGGUGAGAUACAGCUACCUUCAAACAGUAUUAAGCUCUCCGCUCCCUGAAGGCUCGGCUAAAGCUGUUGCUGAAUCGCCACAUGAUGCUGCGAAGCCCACCGAAACUGAGCCCAGGGCCAUGCAAUGGUCUAAUACAGGUGUCGUAGCUCCCGAACCACAAUACCAAGACUUCAGCUUGGGCCAGGAUAACCCCAGCACCCCCGUGGUCUCGCAUAAAUCUCCCACAGGUGUCUUUUGCAUUGACUGCAAUCAUUGUGGUCUAUCUAUUCCCAAUGAGCACUACCACUGCAGUAUCUGUGAUGAUGGUGAUUAUGACCUAUGUCUCCAUUGUGUAGACUCGGGUGUUACCUGUCCAAAUGAGGAUCACUGGUUAAUUAGACGCAUCGUUAAAGAUGGCAUUGUCACCAACAGCACCACAGAAACUGUUGCUCCUCGAAAGCUCCAGACUGAUGGUCCCGAGGAAUCACUCGAGAAGGUCGAACAGAAAUCAGAGUUUGUCCCAGAAUCCAUCUCUGAAGACACUCCAAAGACUUCACCGGUUGUUGUCGAAGUCCCUGUCCACUCCGAAGCCCGUAUUUGCAAUGCUUGUCUCAAGGAGUUUAACGAAACUAAAAUGGUCACUUGCCUUCAGUGCAGGGACUAUGAUCUUUGUAUCACAUGCCUUCUGAAGGAUGCCCAUGGUCAUCACCCAGCUCACAACUUUUCUCUUCUUCAUGACGGGCCCUUCUGUCUGAAGAAUUUGGUUUUGUCGCGCUGCAAACCUGGACGUCGCUAUCAACAUGCCGCCAUCUGUGAUGGCUGCGAGAAGAAUGUCGUCGGUGUGCGCCAUAAGUGCCUCACCUGUCCUGAUUGGGAUUAUUGCUCUGAAUGUUUUUCAAAUGCGCCAGAGACUCAUCCCGGUCAUCGAUUCGCUCCACUUUAUGAGGCCAUAUCUGAACCAUAUCAAGCUCAUGAAGUCCACUACGGUAUCUUCUGUGAUGGGCCCCUUUGCAAGAACAAGGUAGUCCCUGGAUAUAUAACUGGGGUCCGUUUCAAAUGCUCUGUGUGCUACGAUCUCGAUUUCUGCGCCAGUUGUGAGGCGCUUCCGACCAAUACGCAUAACCGAACUCACCCAAUGGUCAUGCUCAAGACUCCUGUUCGCAAUGUUACUAUCAGUACAGUCCAGGAGGAUAGAUUCGGAGGAUCCACAGUUGCCCUUGGCGAUCAUGCUCAAAGAUCCCCAUCGACCCAAGCCGUCAACUCGGUGGAACCCGAACGGUGUAUCCCUGAUGUGCCCGUUAAAGAAGAGUCUGGGUUAUCACAAGACAGCGGGUCCGUGAAGCAGGAGCGUCCACUUUCAAAAGAGCAGCCAACCAAAGCUGAGAACUCCACUAAUAAUGCAGCUUCCGGAUACGACGCUCUAUUCGUGCGUGACACUGUACCUGACAGCACCAUUAUGUCGCCUAACCAGGUGUUCCGUCAGACCUGGACUCUCUACAACCCCGGCCCGCUUGCGUGGCCUGCUGGAAGUGACGUGCGCUUUGUUGGUGGUGAUUCAAUGUUCAAUGUCGAUACCAACCACCCUUUGAGUCUAGACUCUAUCUCUGCUGCUAUGGAAAGCAACAAGUUGUCAGAGCCGCUAGAGUCCGGCCAGAGUACCGAUUUCACUGUAACGCUUAAAGCUCCCAGCCGAGUAGGUACUGCCAUCUCGUACUGGCGACUGAAGCUCCCAAAUGGCAUGCCUUUCGGUCAUAGACUGUGGUGUGAAAUCCAAGUACGGGAAAAUGCACCCUCUAUCAAAUGCCCAUCUGGCUUGGAGCCAGAGGGAGAGCACGACUCAGAACAUACAGAAAGUCAAAUGAUCUUCCCCAAACUGGAGAAGGAGUCUCCUGACGCAAGUGCCCAUGAAGGGGAUAUUGUUGCACCAGUGGCUCCCUCCGUGUCCAACCCGUCUGAGCAAGAUGUCUUGGAAGAUGUGGAGAGUCUGUCGUUGGGGGAUCAUGAAACGGAGAACGGGUUCUUAACGGAUGAAGAGUAUGACAUUUUGGAUGCCAGUGACCAGGAAUAUAUGGAUGUCAAGUCGCGUGAGUGA